AUGAGGAGACUGAGUUUGUGGUGGCUGCUGAGCAGGGUCUGUCUGCUGCUGCCGCCGCCCUGCGCUCUGGUGCUGGCCGGGGUGCCUGGCUCCUCCUCGCACCCGCAGCCCUGCCAGAUCCUCAAGCGCAUCGGACACGCGGUGAGGGUGGGCGCGGUGCACUUGCAGCCCUGGACCACGGCCCCCCGCGCGGCCAGCCGCACCCCGGACGGCAGCCGGACAGGCGCCCAGCGAGAUGAACCUGAGCCAGGGACUUGGCUGCCCCCGGCGCCCUCGCCAGGCGCACGCUGGUUGGGGAGCGCCCUGCAUGGCCGGGGGCCGCCGGGCGCACGGAAGCCGGGGGAGGGCGCCAGGGCCGAGACCCUUUGGCCUCGGGACGCCCUCCUCUUCGCCGUGGACAACCUGAACCGAGUGGAAGGACUGCUGCCCUACAACCUGUCUUUGGAAGUAGUGAUGGCCAUCGAGGCGGGCCUGGGCGACCUGCCGCUCUUGCCCUUCUCCUCUCCUAGCUCGCCGUGGAGCAGUGACCCUUUCUCCUUCUUGCAGAGCGUGUGCCACACCGUGGUGGUGCAAGGGGUAUCGGCGCUGCUCGCCUUCCCUCAGAGCCUGGGGGAGAUGAUGGAGCUCGACUUGGUCAGCUCCGUCCUGCAUAUUCCAGNAUAGGUAGUCUGUAGACACAGGAGACCCAAGGCUUCCCAGAAUCCCCUUCACCUCCAACUGAGUUUAGAAAAUUCAUUAAGUUCUGAUGCUGAUGUCACUGUCUCAAUCCUGACCAUGAACAACUGGUACAAUUUUAGCUUGUUGCUGUGCCAGGAAGACUGGAACAUCACCGACUUCCUCCUCCUUACCCAGAAUAAUUCCAAGUUCCACCUGGGCUCUAUCAUCAACAUCACCAUCAACCUCUCCUCCACUGAGGACCUCUUGAGCUUCCUGCAGGUCCAGCUGGAGAGCAUUAAGAACAGUACACCCACAAUGGUGAUGUUUGGCUGCGACAUGGCAAGUAUCCGGCGGAUUUUCGAAAUUACCACCCAGUUUGGGGUAAUGCUCCCUGAACUUCACUGGGUACUGGGGGAUUCCCAGAAUGUUGAGAAACUGAGGACAGAAGGUCUGCCCUUAGGGCUGAUUGCUCAUGGAAAAACAACACAGUCUGUCUUUGAGUACUAUGUGCAAGAUGCCGUGGAACUGGUCGCAAGAGCUGUAGCCACAGCCACAAUGAUCCAGCCAGAACUUGCUCUCAUUCCCAGCACAAUGAACUGCAUGGAUGUGGAAACUGCAAAUCUCACGUCAGGACAAUAUUUAUCAAGGUUUCUAGCCAACACCACUUUCAGAGGCCUCAGUGGUUCCAUCAAAGUGAAAGGUUCCACUAUCAUCAGCUCAGAAAACAACUUUUUCAUCUGGAAUCUGCAAAAUGACCCCAUGGGAAAGCCAAUGUGGACACGCUUGGGCAGCUGGCAGAGGGGGAAGAUUGUCAUGGACUAUGGAAUAUGGCCAGAGCAAGCCCAGAGGCACAAAACCCACUUUCAGCAUCCAAGUAAACUACACUUGCGAGUGGUUACGCUGAUAGAGCAUCCAUUUGUCUUCACAAGGGAGGUCGAUGAUGAAGGCUUGUGCCCUGCUGGCCAGCUCUGUCUAGACCCCAUGACUAAUGAUUCUUCCAUAUUGGACAGCCUUUUUAGCAGCCUCCAUAGCAGUAAUGAUACAGUGCCCAUAAAAUUGAAGAAGUGCUGCUAUGGAUAUUGCAUUGAUCUACUGGAAAAACUAGCAGAAGACAUGAACUUUGACUUUGAUCUCUAUAUUGUUGGGGAUGGCAAAUAUGGAGCCUGGAAAAAUGGGCACUGGACUGGGCUGGUGGGUGAUCUCCUGAGUGGGUCAGCCCACUUGGCAGUCACUUCCUUCAGCAUCAAUACUGCACGAAGCCAGGUGAUAGAUUUCACCAGCCCUUUCUUCUCCACCAGCUUGGGCAUCUUAGUGAGGACGCGAGACACAGCAGCUCCCAUCGGAGCCUUCAUGUGGCCACUCCACUGGACAAUGUGGCUGGGGAUUUUUGUGGCUCUGCACAUCACUGCCAUUUUCCUCACUCUCUAUGAAUGGAAGAGCCCCUUUGGCAUGACUCCCAAGGGGCGGAAUAGAAGUAAAGUUUUCUCCUUCUCUUCAGCCUUGAAUGUCUGUUAUGCUCUCUUGUUUGGUAGAACAGCAGCUAUCAAACCCCCAAAAUGCUGGACUGGAAGGUUUCUGAUGAACCUUUGGGCCAUUUUCUGUAUGUUUUGCCUUUCAACAUACACGGCGAAUUUGGCUGCUGUCAUGGUAGGUGAAAAGAUCUAUGAAGAGCUUUCUGGAAUACAUGACCCUAAG